CCCCCCCCCCAAAAAAAAAACACACACACACGCGAAAGCGAGCAACGCAAGAGCAUCCAAGCAACUGAACAGAGCGAGCGAGGAGAAUGGCGACCACCGUAUCUGCUUGGGCAAAGCCUGGGGAAUGGGCCCUCGACUCUGAAGAACACGAAUCCAUGGAGCUUCUUCAAAAGCAGCAGGCCAGUGAAAAGGAGAACGCCAGUGAAAACAGUAACGGUCAUUACGAUUUGGCCUACCAACAACCACAUCUCGCCCCUGAUUUCCCUUCCCUCGCCGCCGCUGCCGCCACUAAAUCCAAGAAGAAGAAGGGCCAGACAUUCUCCCUUGCCGAAUUCAGCAGCGGCAAGUCAGUCACCCACGGCUCCGCUAAGGUCGCUCAAUUCAACCUAGCCAAGGGUCUCACAGCCGAGGAGCUUCUCAUCCUCCCCACCGGUCCUCGCGAGCGCACCGCAGAAGAGCUCGAGAGGUCUUCCUCCCGUGGAUUCCGUUCUUAUGGCUCUGCCGGCAUGCAUGAUAAUGGACGAGGUACCAGGUAUUCGAACGGUGACGAUGCUUCGAAACCCAGGUGGGGAUCUUCAAGGAAUUCGGAUGAUCCCCGCGGGAACCAUAGUUUUAACAGGGAAUCUGCUCCUUCCCGUGCAGAUGAGACCGACGAUUGGGGUGCUGCUAAGAAAUCUGUGGCUGCUACCCCUGCUUCUGAGCGCAGAGACAGGAAUGGGUUCUUUGAUUCUCAUUCUAGGGCCGAUGAAUCUGAGAGUUGGCUGUCAAACAAGGGCUUUAUUCCUUCCGAGGGGCGGAGAGGCGGUUCAGGGGGUGGAUUUGAAAACCCUAGGGACAGAAGGGGAGGCUUUGAGAUGUUUCAGAAGGAUUCUUCCAAUCGUGGCGUUGUAGAUUCGGAGUCUUGGGGAAAGAAGAGGGAAGAGAACAAUGGGAGCGGAAGGCCAAUGCUAGUUUUGCAGCCGCGUACGUUGCCAGUGAACAACGGCGACCAGCAGCAGCCGGGACCUGGGAUUACGACCAGAGCCAAGGGUUCGAGCCCAUUUGGAGAAGCUCGCCCAAGGGAGGAGGUUUUGGCGGAAAAGGGGCAGGAUUGGAAGAAGAUUGACGAGCAGCUUGAGUCGGUGAAAAUCAAGGAUAUUAAUAAUGGAGGCCCUCUUCAUAAUGAUGGGCUGUCUUUAGGAAAGAAGAGUUUUGGAACCGGAAACGGGAGGGUGAGUCUACCUGAAGAUAGGACUGAGAGAAGCUGGAGGAAGACAGAUUCAGCUGAUGUUCGUCCCUCAAGUGCUGGGAAAGUUCACGAGGACGGAGGCGUUUCUGAAGUCUGAUGAUAGAAUGAUUUUGGUGGAUGAGAAGCAUAAAUGGGAGCUUCCACGAAAAUGUGAGGUAUUGAACUGCGAGAUUAUCAGAUUCAUGGUCAUAUUUUCUAUUUUUCUUUCCCAUAUUUUCUCUUUGGUUUUGUUUUUAUCCCUUUUGGGUCACUGUAGAUUGUGGGGCAACCAGUUUUGGUAGUCUUUUUGAGUAGUUUGCUAUUUAGGUUUAUAUUUAGACUCGUCUGUGGCGGAGGCAUGACCACACUAAAUUAUUUGUAUGCGUUGUCUUCUUUUUGAAGGAUUAAUUGUUCCAGUUUUGGUAGUCUUUUUGAGMAGUUUGCUAUUUAGGUUUAUAUUUAGACUCGUCUGUGGCGGAGGCAUGACCACACUAAAUUAUUUGUAUGCGUUGUCUUCUUUUUGAAGGAUUAAUUGUUCCAGUUUUGGUAGUCUUUUUGAGMAGUUUGCUAUUUAGGUUUA